AUGGCAAUUACAAUUCUUCCACCCGUUGUCGACGAGCCAUACACCUCUGAAAAUGACGAUGGCCAUAAUGACGCCGACUCUGACAUUGAAAUGGAGGAUGCUACCUCUCGUCCCGCUAAGAGGCCACGCCUCUCCAAAGGCACAAUAGUUACCCCAGGGGAAGUCGUCACAGAUGAUCCGCAAUGGAUGAGAGGCCAUGGCACAUUCACUCCAACACCCUUAUCGAGCACCAUCAUCGCGACCGUUGCCGGUACUAUCCUCAAAACCAAUAAACUCCUUUCCGUCUACCCCCUCCGCGCCCGCUACACCCCCGAAAUCGGCGACCUGGUAAUCGGUCGCAUCGUCGAAGUCCAAUCGCGUCGAUGGAAAGUUGACGUCGCAGCUCCUUUACUUGCCAAUCUUCCCCUUUCUGCGAUUAAUUUACCCGGUGGCAUCUUGCGCAAACGUACUACGGCAGACGAGCUCCAGAUCCGGUCAUUUUUUAACGAGGGCGAUCUCUUAGUAGCGGAGGUGCAGAGCGUGCAUCAGGAUGGUUCAGCGUCGCUGCAUACGCGUUCGUUAAAAUACGGGAAGCUACGUAAUGGCAUAUUUCUCGCUGUGGCUGGCAUGGGUGGUGCUGGCAUUGCGCGUGGGACCGGCGUCGUUCGGAGCCGCAGACAGGUCUGGACUGUUACAGGCGCCAAUGGCGGUUCUGACAUCGAAGUCAUUUUAGGCGUUAACGGGUAUAUCUGGAUAUCGAAGCGAUCGGACUCACUUGGGGCGGAUGAAGAUGGUGGAAUGGGCAUGUCGAUUACUCGGCUGGAGGAUAUGGUUUCGGGCACGAUGUACUCGAGCCAGAAUGAUGAGAUUUCUCUUGCGACAAGAAGAGAGAUCGCAAGGCUGGCUGGAUGUAUAAGAGUAUUAGUGCAAGGUGGGAUCAAGGUUGAUGAAGAUACUGUUAUGAAAGCCUACAUGGUGAGCUUGGACGUGGAGCUUGAGACCGGUGUUGAAGACAGUGAUGAUGAAGAUGAGAAGCACGGUACGAAAAGGGAGGGGAGGGAUUACUUGGGCGGUGAGCGAGCAGCUAGGAUUCUAGAUGCCGUCCUUGAUCGGUGA